UAUUGCAAAUAUUCAUUGCAAUUUUCUAUUCUAUCUAUUUCUGCUGUAAAUUUUACUUUGAAACGACUUGUUAAUUUGCAUUUUAUUAUUAAAAAUGUCGUAUUCAACGUUCAAUUAGUAAUUUCGAUAGUUGUUCAAUACGCAGGUUAACAAGAUGCUACGAUAGAUGUCAGAAAUAUGCGAGUUUUCGUACGCUGAUUUCGCAUACUACGAAAAUUAUCACUCUUCGAAAUGGAUAGAUUAGAUAGAAACAAUAGAACCAGCGUUGAAUCUUUAGGUCGUUUCGAAUACGAUACUAAAGAACGCUUAGGAUUUGGUGCAUUUGCGAUUGUAUUCAAAGGAUGGCUCAAAGAGAAAGCUUCGAUCGAAGUCGCUGUCAAAGUUAUCGCCAAGAAAAAUAUUACAAAAACUCAAAAUUUAUUGGAAAAGGAAAUCAAAAUAUUGAGUGAAUUGACUAAACUGCAGCAUGAAAACGUCGUUGCUUUGUUAGAAUGUGUGGAUCAACCUACGAAUGUGUUUCUUGUUAUGGAGUAUUGCAAUGGAGGCGACUUGCAAGAUUAUCUGAAUGUGCAAAAAUCACUCAGUGAAAAUACCAUUAGAUUGUUCACUAGACAGCUAGCUGGUGCGAUGCGAGCCAUGAACGCUAAAGGAAUAGUGCAUAGAGAUUUAAAACCUCAGAAUAUCUUGUUAAAAUUCGAUCCAAAGUUUACCGCACGUGAUAGAAAAGGUUCGAGGAUGUAUCCGAGACCGGAAAAGAUCAUGUUGAAAAUAUCUGAUUUCGGAUUCGCUCGAUUCUUAACGGACGGAGUAAUGGCUGCUACUAUGUGCGGAUCUCCUAUGUACAUGGCACCGGAAGUGAUAAUGUCGCAAAAAUAUGAUGCCAAAGCUGACUUGUGGAGUUUGGGAACAAUAAUAUAUCAAUGUUUGCUGAGUUACGCUCCGUUCUGUGCAACUACUCCUGCCGGUUUGAAGAAUAUUUACGAGAAGAGAGAAAAUCUUGUACCUAGCUUCCCGGAUAGCAUAUCACCUGAUUUGAGAGAUCUCUUGACUCGUCUUCUAAAACGUAACUCAUCUGAGAGAAUAUCUUUCGAAGAUUUCUUCAAUCAUCCGUUUUUGAAAAAGACAUCGUCUCCGAUGCGUCCCAAACCGCUUCCCAGUCCUCCUCGUGAAUUAACAGACAAAAAUUACAUCGAAGUUCAAGAUGAAAAGAAACCUAGCGCUUUACCCGAGCCAACCAAAUGUAACCAGUUGGAGAUUUUCAGUAAUAAAUUCAGUUAUAAUACUGUUAUUAGUUCAGAAACAUCUGAUGAUUUUGUCCUGGUAUCUGCCAAUUUACCAACUGAUGAACAGUGUUGUGAAAUGAAUUCUAGUCCUCCUAGGCCUUCGACUCUACCGAUACAAAUACCAAAAAAUAGCUCAUCGCCGAAGAAAAUCGUUGAUCGAGAACCGUCUCCUGUCACCGUUGAAAGAUUGAAUAGCGUUACAACUAAUGUCAACUCGAUAUCUCCUCCUACUGUGCAAUUUGUUCUGGGCACUCCACCACUGAAUCGAAGACCUCCGGAUUCUCCAACGGGUGUAUGUACGUGUAGUGGAGGUUCCAAUAACACUAAUAGAAACUGGGCAAUUACUCCUACCGGAUCGCCUUUAAGACGUUCGGUUGUCAGCUCACCACUUUUGAGUAGUCCGUUUGUUUUAAUGAAUUCCAACAGUUUCGCUCCGAAGACAGCGUUCAAUGCGAAAGCUAUCACGUUACCUGAGAUUAAAAACAUUGGCACCAGUAUGGGUUUGAUAUACCCAGAAUUGAACGAAGGAAGAUUAUUCCAGAAAGAACAUACGGAAAUCUUGACGAAAUUGAAUUUCGUUAUGGUGUUGAUCGAAUGCAUUUUAGAAUGCGCUAAUCCGUCUCGUGAAAGAAGCGAAAGAUUAGUGUUACUCGUCAGAGCGCUUCAAUUGCUCAGUUGUGGGCUGACGCUGGCUACGAGUGAGUUGAAAUCUGGACGUUUACAGCCUUCGAAAAAUGUUAAAAAAGUCGUUAAACAGUUGAAUGAGAAAUUCCACAAGUGUUUAGAAGACUGUAAGAAAUUAAAUACUCCCAGCGUAUUGGAAAAAGUUAGCGCCACUGCUGAGAAAAUUUUAUACAAUUACGCCAUCGAAAUGUGCCAGAAGGCUGCUCUCAACGAAUUACAAAACAAUUUAGCAGAAUGUUUAAGAAGAUAUCAAGUAGCACAAAUUAUACUCCACAGUUUAGCUCAACAAAUCAAUCAUAAACAAGAUAAAGCGAUGUUAAGCAAAUAUCAAGCUGCGGUAGAAAAAAGGCUUUCGCUGUUGCAAGACAAACAGCAAUUUAUUUUCGAAAACAAUUGCUAUAUUUUAGAAGACGAGAAGAAUUCUAACAACGCGUUGUAGAAUUUUGGUAUUUGUUAUAAUUCGAUGCGAAGAAAAGCUUUCAUUAUUUUGCAUUGAUUUAUGAAUUAUUUUCAAACUGUACCAAGUUUACUUGACGUAGAAUUUUUUCUCAUUUAAUUUAUAAAGUAACGACAGCGUUAACAUUAUGUUAUCGUGUAUGUUCUUUGUGUACGUGUGAGUGUAUUUGAUAUACCUAUUUUAUAUACAUUAUGCCAACGCAUAGAGAACCUUUUUUUUUCAUCAUUUUAUGCUUCGACUUCUUUUUUUAUACUACAUAUUUUUGUGUUGUUUUACUGGUAUUCAUAUUGAUGGAUAAUCAGUAGUCGUUUUCACUUUUAUUAACGAUAUAUUUCACAUGAUUAUGAAUUUAUGACUGAUGAGAAAGAUAGAACCAUUAACGAGGGUGUCUACCUCUUUUUACUUUUUUUACCUUUUUUGUCUCUCUAACUUACUCGUAAAAUGAACUUAAAGAGAUUGUUUAAUCAAUAAAAUUAUUAUCAUGUGUUAA